AUGGGCUGCAAUAUUUCUAUCCAGGCUGCAGUUGCACAGCUGCCUUCUGAGUGGCUACAGAACAACCAGGGAGUCAAAAGCCAGGUGGUGACCUCUUCCCCACGGACUCCGUCUGAAGUUGGGGCAGCUUGACCAACAGGGACUUCAAAGGAUGGAGCCAAACUUGAAGAUGAGACCAGUGAGGAAAUCUUCCCCAAGGAAUCACCAUGAAGCUUUACGUCUUUUCAGAUAAGCAGCAACUCCCAAAGCACAGACACACUGCUCACCAAUGAGUUCAUCAGUAAAUCAUCACCCUUAGAGGAAACAGAGGCAAAAAUCAUCAUUCUUGAAGAGCUAAGGAUGCAGGGAAUAAUCAAGAGCUGAAGUACCACUGCCAGAACUGGAGAAGCAUAUGAGAACAAGAGAGAUGUCCUGCAAAAGACACUGAAGAAACCCCCAGCUAGGCUGGAAAAAAUUCAGUUUGGAAAUGAGGAAGUGGGUCAUUUUACAGUGAAGGACAUGAAGCCUUCUGCUGAAGGAAAGAAACAGGUUAGGGAAGAGGAACUGAACAAAAUGCCACAACACAUCACAUCAUUUUUCCCCCCAGAAACUGCUCACCAAACCACAAGGAAACAGACUGAAAAGGACUGCCCAGGUUUUGAAAGUCAAGGAGGUACAGACCCUCAGCCCUUACUUUUAGAUGCUGAGCAAGGGGUGCUGCUGUGGAAAACAACUGCAGUUGACACAAACAAUUAUAUUGAGGACUCUGUCAUUGACUUGAUAACGUACAGCUGCAUCUAUGAAUCGAUCUGGAUCUGUCUUGCAAAUACGAAGAACUCCUCUGUUCCCUGCAAAUGUCUUUCUUGA